AUGCGGACCAGCAGCCGGGGUUUCGCAGCUCUGGCUGGCGCCUUUCUCGGCGCGGGCCUGGCCAAUGCCGGUGUUUUGCCCACCCGAACCGACCAGAUUGGUGUCAAUCCCGUCACCAUCUAUCCCAUCGAUCACAUUCCAACACACCCUACCCCUGAUCCCAACGCCCCCACCAUCACGCAGGUACCCACCAUCACCACCGUGGACGGCAACCCAGCUCCCAUCCGCACCACCGUGCCCAUGGAGCGCUUCUUCGAGGUCGAGAUGGCCGAAAACGGCGCGGUGGCCAUCAAGAUCGUCAACUCUGGCUUCGCCGACUUCCUCAAGUCCGUCUUCACCGAGGCCGCGUGCGGUGUCCCCGGUGCCAAGGCCCGGCGCCAGCUCCUCGGUCGCCAGGGUGACAUCAAGGGCUGGAAGGAUCGGGCUAAGAUGAUCUCGAACCUGUACCAGGAGAUGCUGGACAAGACCCAGGAGAACGCGGCCACAGCCGAUGUCAAGAAGCUCCUUCAGCAGUUCAAGGAGGAUAACCCGGAGUGGACCGGUACUGAGGCGGAUGCCAUGACUGAUGCGGGUGUUGACUACACCAUUGGUGCCGACGAGAUUGGCAUUGCGGAGCUUGAAGCCCAGGGUGGCGCAUCCGGCGAGCUGGGUACUCUCGGUAUGAGUGUCAUGAACAUGCUCUACCGCCUGUUCCAGGAGGACAUCGUGCAGGGCGCCGCCGCCGUCGCGGUCGGAGUCAAGGGUGCCACGGUUGCCGAGGACCUUAUCAAGACUCUGCAGACUUUCCGCACCACCACCACCACUACCCGCACCACCACUAGCAGCUGCCCCGCGGCGACCGAGACCAACAUCCAGAGGCCCGAGUGUGGUACCGACAACUGCAAGUACAAGCCCAAGGCCAACGGACUUGGCCCCGGCGGCGUUUGCGAUGGUGGCCCCAAUGACGGGUGCGACUGCAACCCCAGCCGCUUCGAGCUCAUCAACUUCCGCAACCCAUCCAUCGACAUCAUGGUUCUCUUCGCCGACGCCUUCACCCCCAAGGAUAUGCCCCCCAAGCUCUUCAGGCGCCUCGCUUCCGACUUCUGCAGCACAUGGACCACCUGGCGCCUAGAUAAAGGCGUUGAGCGAUCCUACAGCGCCGGUCAGGUCGCCUGGAGGGGUUAUGAGGAUUGGGAGUUCAAGUUCAAGUGGGAGCCCAAGGAGGGCAAGAAGUGCGAGAACACUUGCGAGCAAAUCUUCAUGGACGCCUUUGGCCUCAACGGUGACUGCGCACCCGAAGACCACAAGUUCUCCCACAAGGGCUCGAUCGAGCUCGAAUGCGGCACCGGCUCUUUCGAGGUCAUCGACCCCGCGACUAAGCCCCACGCCGACAAGAGCACUCUCUACGGCGAUUUCUGCAACCGGCUCGAGGCUGGCGAGUUCAUCUCGACCUACGACAUCCAGGCUGACGGAUGGAAGAUGAUUCUCUCGACGGACAAGCGCUCGGGUAACGAGUGCACGACCAAGUGCAACGACGCCUUUGCCGCCAUCAACGACGCUUGCGGCAAGCGCAAGGACGCCGGCAAGCUCGCGGACAAGGGCUGGUUCGACGCCGGCUGUGUCAUUUAUGGUUAUGAGGUCACCGACAAGGUGGAGGAGCCCAAGCCCGAGGAGCCCGCGCCGCCCCCGGCCAACCCUCCUCCUGCUAGGUCUCUUUGUAACAAGGACAGCGACUGCAACCAGUGGACUUGCGACGGGGGCAGGAAGCCCGGUUGCAGCAGCCAGGUUUCUGGCGACCCGCUGACCAAGUACUGCGCUUGCUAA